AUGCUCGCCUCUCGUGUGGUCACCCGUCUAGCCGCCCGGUCGCUCACCCGCGCCGCCUCGUCCUCAUCGUCUUCUUCGACCCCGGUCAAGGUCGCCGCCGAGACGCCAGCGUCCGCACCAGUUACGCAGGCGCCCAACUACCCGACCACAUGGUCUACGAACCAGAAACCGCGUCCCCUCGCCGCCUCCGGGCCUCGCUUUGAACAGACCGAAAUGGCGCUGCAGCCCAACCCGCUGAGUGCGAUGGAGCUCGUUGCCAACGAGCCAAUUCGUGUGGUUCAAGGCCGCAAGGCCGUUUGUGACGGCGGAGGAGGACCGCUCGGACACCCCAAAAUCUUCAUUAACCUUGAUCAGCCGGGCCCAAGGCCUUGCGGAUACUGUGGCUUGCGCUUCGAACAAGCACCUCAUCACCACUAA